UCCAACUCUUCUGAUUUGUGAGAUCAUAGUUGAAAAUGUAUAUGGUGGAGAGCAAGGGAGGUGCCAUAGUUUGCAUGCUGUUGUCCCUUUUGUUCUUGGGGACAUGGCCUGCUGUUAUGACUCUUUUGGAAAGGCGAGGUCGUCUUCCUCAGCACACUUAUCUUGACUACACACUCACCAAUCUCUUGGCUGCUGUCAUCAUUGCUUUCACCUUUGGUCAGAUUGGUUCUGAUCAGCCUAACUUCUUAUCUCAGUUUUCUCAGGAUAACUUUCCUUCUGUUCUUUUUGCCAUGGCGGGUGGGGUGGUCCUCAGCGUUGGAAAUCUGUCCACGCAAUAUGCUUGGGCUUUUGUUGGAUUAUCAGUAGUAGAAGUGAUCACAUCAAGCAUAACUGUUGUUAUAGGAACAACCUUGAAUUACUUUUUGGAUGACAAAAUUAAUAAAGCUGAGAUUCUUUUCCCUGGAGUUGGAUGCUUUUUGAUUGCUGUUUGUCUUGGAUCUGCUGUUCAUUCAUCUAAUACUGCUGAUAAUAAGGCCAAGCUCGAAAAUUUUUCAAACGACUACAAAGAUGCAGCUCAGGGAAUUAAUUUAUCCACAUUGAAAGAAACAAGUGAAGCUGAUUCAAAGGAUCCAGAGAAGGGAAAUGAUUCUGCAUACAAGGCCAAAAAAGGAACUGCAGUUUUUCUUAUAGAGCUUGAGAAAAGAAGAUCCAUUAAGGUGUUUGGGAAGAGCACUUUGAUGGGAUUAGCUAUAACUUUCUUUGCUGGAUUUUGCUUUUCCCUAUUCUCACCAGCAUUCAAUUUAGCAACAAAUGACCAGUGGCACACUUUAAAGAAAGGGGUUCCCCAUUUGAGUGUUUACACUGCCUUCUUUUACUUUUCAGUCUCUUGUUUUGUUGUUGCCAUCAUUCUAAACAUCACCUUCCUCUACCACCCUGUCUUGAACUUGCCCAAGUCAUCACUGAAGGCUUAUUUGAGAGACUGGAAUGGAAGAGGUUGGGCUCUUUUGGCUGGUCUCCUUUGUGGGUUCGGGAAUGGCCUUCAAUUUAUGGGAGGUCAAGCUGCAGGAUAUGCUGCAGCAGAUGCUGUUCAAGCACUACCACUUGUAAGCACAUUUUGGGGUGUCGUUUUAUUUGGAGAGUACCGCAAAUCAUCAAAGAGGACAUACAUGCUGCUAGGGAGCAUGUUGCUUAUGUUUAUUGCAGCGGUUGCUAUACUCAUGGCAUCGUCGGGGCAUCGAAAAUGAUCACAUCAAUGAACGGAAAAUGUUCAUAAAGAUUGAAAAGUGUUGAAAUGUUUGGUUUCAGAGCUCAAUGGAUAAACGCAUAUGGUCAUUGUUAGAGAUGCAAAAUAUGCACACAGAUGUUAGUUUCAACUUCAAAUGAUUGUACACUGAAAAGGGAUAUAUAAGUAUUUUCAAACAAACUAUUUAGAGGCGUAAGCCAAGAAAGUGAAGUAGGAAUACAGUUUAAAACUUAUAGAUCGUUAUGUAUGUUUGGAGGUCAGAUAUUUGUGACAUAAUUAUUUGUACAUUAAUUUGGAAGUUUUGUAUCAUCUAAUGAAUCUAGGAAUGAGGUUGGUUUCA